CCUGGUUUGGUUUCACUGGGUACAUAGUACUUCAUGGCCUAUACUACGUUCUUGCGUGCUCGCUUUCGGUUGCUCUGAUAAUCGCAGCCAGUUUGUCCAGCCGUGGCCUCUUGGAGAAAGUUCUGCUGGGAAUCAAAAUAAAAGUAGUCUUGUAUAUUAUUAUACAGUUACUACAAAUUUAUAACCUAGCAACCUUGGAUACCAGCAUAUUCAAACAAAUAAACACAGAUUCGUCAAAAAAGGCCCGCAUGGAAAAUGACUCUUGGAGCCUGGACCCCGGCACUAUAGUGCAAGAAAGCAUCAACUUCCUUCCGGGACCCAUGUUCUUGGCGAGCCUGGACCCCGGCGCUACAGCGGGUCCGAAGUUGCUGGCGCUGGCCACAAGAAAUCCGGACCAGGAGAAGGAUCACAAAGACUUCCUAGAAGCACUCGAUAAACACAGGGCUGAAGUGAAGAAGAGGCGCCUGAUCGAAAGCUCAAUAUCUCUCGUCAUAUGGACUGGUGUUGACGUCUUCGUGAUAUACAGACUGGGAAUAUUCAUCUCCACUUUGGGAACGCCGCCAACCUAACAAGCCUUGCUCAGGAGGGACAUGCCCACAGCGCUUCUCCAUCUCCUGCCGUCGCCAAAAGCCAUGGAUUAGGAUAUUACUAAGGAAAUUAAAGACCGUGCGGUGUUAUUAAUAUGCAUUGGGAGGUGCUGAGAGAAAAGUAUUUUUAUUUACCUGCAGCCAUCUUUUUAAAUAAACGCAUUGAUCGUG